AUGGAUACGCCUACGCCUACCACUCGGAAGCGUCAAGCCUCGGAAUCUCUGCAUGCUCCUCGCAUUCUGCUAUUCAAGAAAAACGCCUACCCGCGAUUGCUACCUGAUGACAUAGAGAAGAUCAACACGCACAUACGGAAGGACCAGAAAUUGUAUAUUCUAACUGCCCAGUCAAGCCCCUCGGAUGCGGCUGACCCAGUCGUACUCACUCAUGUUCUACGAAGUGCUGCUGCUGCGCUUACGCGGUAUGGUGAAGUCGGGAGUGCGGGUACUAUCCAAGCUAUAUGGCGCCAGAACAUGAUAUCCCAAGAAUUCAAAGAAGAAGAAGAAUUUAUGAAGAAGGAUCGUGACGCCUAUCCGGAGUUUCUGAAACUGUGUGACAGAUGUGUUAGCAGUUUGAAUUGGGAGGAAAUGCUAUAUGAUGAGACACUCAACGAUACAAUCCCUGAGCCUGACGGUCUUGCGACAAUGCAUGCAUUCAAACUGCCUUACCUCGGAGAGGCAGACAAAGCACUCUGGAAGCAUAUGCAUACACACUGCAAACCAUAUUCUGGAUCGUACGAGCGCUAUGCUCAUCAUCUGGUGGUAGUGCAAUCAAGUGGAAUGGGAAAAUCCAGGAUGGUUGACGAACUGUCUAAGAGCCACUUUGUGAUCCCGAUUGUUACUAGGAGCACCGAGAGUGGAGAACAUAGGCAAAAUGAAUUGACAUACCAUGUACAGGUGUUCCAUACCCUCCGUCGGACGUUACAGUUCUCCCAUGGUUGA